CACAGUGGCGGAAGGAGACCAUAUCCAAAUCACUGGGCGGUUCGGCUCUCCGUUUCGCAGGCAUCAUUUGCGCCACAGAGCAACGCUCGGGACGCCCACAUUAGGUAUCGCUAGGCUGCUUGUCAUUUUUUCAUCUUACACAAAAACGGCCCCUCUCAUAUUAGUUAAGCGAAUGCAGCUUUGCAGAGCUGCUCAAUGAAACGUUUCCUUUUCAAGUACCCCUCUGUCCGUUCCUCUUAUAAAUGAUUUUUGAUUGCCUAAUUCGUUAAUUGACUUGUUAUUUUAUAGGCUAUAGCCUAAGUUGAGAACAAUAGACAUUUACUGCGGAUAGAGAAACACGGAUCUUCUGACUAGACGAGGAACGAAAAUUCUCACAUUUUCAAUCCUCAAAACCAGCUAUUCUGGUUGAAUCAGACUUGAAACCGUUACAUCUGCAGAGACCGGACUGACUGCGCCAAAAUGGGGUAUGGACGGUCGGACAGCUACCGCGUGGCGACCACGCAGGAUAAGGAUGAAAAGGAGUCCCCCAAGAAGAAGGCAGCCAAGGAUAUGGAUGACCUGAAGAAGGAAGUCCCCUUGACGGAACACAAGAUGUCAGUUGAGGAAGUGUGCAGGAAGUUUGCAACUGACAUCGUCCAGGGCUUGACCAAUGCUAAGGCUGCAGAGUAUCUGGCUCGCGACGGGCCCAACGCCCUGACCCCGCCCCCCACCACCCCGGAGUGGGUGAAGUUUUGCCGCCAGCUCUUCGGAGGGUUCUCCAUCCUGCUGUGGACCGGUGCCAUCCUCUGCUUCCUGGCCUACGCCAUCCAGGCCGCCACGGAGGAUGAGCCUGCAGGAGACAAUUUGUACCUGGGUAUCGUGCUGUCCGCCGUGGUCAUCAUCACCGGCUGCUUCUCCUACUUCCAGGAGGCUAAGAGCUCCAAGAUCAUGGAGUCCUUCAAGAAUAUGGUGCCUCAGCAAGCCCUGGUGAUCCGCGAGGGGGAGAAAAUGCAGAUCAACGCUGAGGAGGUGGUGGCUGGAGACCUGGUGGAGGUGAAGGGCGGAGACCGGAUCCCUGCUGACCUCAGGAUCACCUCCUCCCACGGCUGCAAGGUGGACAACUCCUCUCUGACUGGUGAAUCAGAGCCCCAGACCCGGUCACCUGACUGUACCCAUGACAACCCCCUGGAGACCCGCAACAUCGCUUUCUUCUCCACCAACUGUGUUGAAGGCACGGCACGUGGCAUCGUGGUGUGCACCGGCGAUCGCACCGUCAUGGGCCGAAUCGCCACCCUGACCUCCGGCCUGGAGUCGGGCAAGACGCCCAUCGCCAAGGAGAUUGAGCACUUCAUCCACCUGAUCACGGGCGUGGCCGUGUUCCUGGGCUUGUCGUUCUUCGUCCUGUCCAUCGUCCUCGGAUACAGCUGGCUGGAGGCCGUCAUCUUCCUCAUCGGCAUCAUCGUCGCUAAUGUGCCAGAGGGGCUGCUGGCUACCGUCACUGUGUGUCUGACCCUGACCGCCAAGCGCAUGGCUCGUAAGAACUGCCUGGUGAAGAACCUGGAAGCGGUGGAGACGCUGGGCUCCACCUCCACCAUCUGCUCCGACAAGACAGGCACCCUGACCCAGAACAGGAUGACCGUGGCCCACAUGUGGUUCGACAACCAGAUCCACGAGGCCGACACCACCGAGGACCAGUCAGGGGCCUCCUUCGACAAGAGCUCCGUGACGUGGGUGUCACUGGCGCGCGUGGCGUCCCUGUGCAACCGCGCCGUGUUCAAGGCCGCUCAGGACCAGCUGCCCAUCCUCAAGCGGGACGUGGCGGGCGACGCCUCCGAGUCGGCCCUUCUCAAGUGCAUCGAGCUGUCCUGCGGCUCCGUGAAGGCCAUGAGGGAGAAGAACAAGAAGGUGGCCGAGAUCCCCUUCAACUCCACCAACAAGUACCAGCUGUCUGUGCACGAGACGGAGGACGAGAACGACAACCGCUACCUGCUGGUGAUGAAGGGCGCCCCGGAGAGGAUACUGGACCGCUGCUCCACCAUCAUGAUCCAGGGCAAGGAGCAGGUCACUUUCCCAGCAUAGUUAUUAUUGAACUCUCCAGUUUUUUUUAUCUGAGUUUUAAAUGUAUGUCCCGAUAUGUUCAUUGAUUGUAUAAACACAAUAGUGUAACAAUAGCAGACCUAGUAAAGAUGAGGUGAUGGUCUUGACAUAGAGAGCAGGAGAGAAAAGGGAGAGGUGGAGGCAAUUCAAGUUAUGCAAAUGCAGAAGAGGAGUUGUGGGUUUGCCAAACGACCAACAUGGUUGAGCUUUGAGGAUGGUAUGCUGGCAGACCUAUAGGGGCAGGGUGCUAGGGGUCACAUCAUGCAGCUGGUUGACUUUUGACAGAUAGAGAGCACCAAACAAGCACGCACACUUAGAUACAGCACCAUAUGUACUGUAUGUAAAUAGAACAACAGGAUAGCUAGAUGAAUAGAUAAAUUAAUAGAUAAAUAUCUGCAGUUGCUUGGCUAGAGACCUGCUCUCCCACUGGUGUUUCUUCAAAGGGAACUUCUGCAUGCUGCAUGGAAUUCUGGGUAGGUCCACUUCCUCUUUCCUGUGCUAAAAGUGCCAUGGCAACGAGAUGUGACUUUGAGGCUUGCAACAAGUUAUGCAGCAUAGACAAUCAGUAUAUAUUAUUAACUAUGGCUGUUCAUUGAGCUGGAAAGGGACAUUGAGUUAUUAAUUGUGAAUGUAUGUUUUUUAUUUUAACUUUGUUAUCAUUUGAUUUCAUCUUCAAACUGCUUUCAAAAAGUUUUUGUUCCGGUAGUUUAAUUUAAGGUAAUGUAUUUUCAUAUGGUUUGUUGCUUCUUUCUCUAUUACUCUUUGGUGUGCUGCCAAAACCAUAAAAAUAUCUUAAUAUAUUCCAUGAGAUUAAGACAAUCAUAAAGAUUAAUUAAGCACCAGUCAACUAUUUACAAAUACCUGAGGUAGGCUACGCUUGAUUAAGAUCAUACAACUCAACAAACUCAAAAGUACAGUCCCAAAGGUGCUAAGGGUAGAUCAAAUCAGAAACAUCCCAAACACAGUGCUUACAAGUGUUUGAUAUGUGUAUCUGACCAGGUAGAGCAGUUUCAGACUCCAGGCGGGUUACGUUCACGCUCCCUCCAAGAGUUGGUGUUGGAUUUUUAUCCAACCCCUCCUUUCUCUCUCCUCCUUCCAAAUGCCCAAAAUACAAACCGUAGAGCUUGUGGGCGAUAAAAUGCCUGUCAGGAUCCGGCCUUCACCUUCCCUCCCUUCGUUGCUGCUCCUGCUCUUUGCUUCUCUCCCUCUGUCAUCUCACUUCUUCUGUGCUUUUUUUAAUCACAGAGCCAGACGUGCCUUCAUUGUUUUUGUUUUUUUAGCUUGUUCAUUUUCACAUUUUGUUUAUGCCAGAGUAAAGGUGGAUGGGGGGGAAAAAACAAGAACAAAAAAACGGUUUGCCACCACUGAUGAUGUAUGUUAAUGCUUAAAACACUGGAAACAUGGAAAUUCCUUUUUCUUUUUUUAACAGAUCUUUCAUUUGAAUGCUUUUUUGGGAAACUCACUUUAAAGAUCAUUGUCUUGUCCAAUAAAAUGUCAACCAAAGACC